AUGGUGUUAUGGAGAAAUGAUAUAGCUGAUUUUUCUGUAAUUGAGAGUUCUUCCCAAUUGGUGGUGGGUAAUUUGAAUGUUGUUGGCAAAGGGUGCUGGAAAGUGGCUUCGGUAUAUGGUAGUACUGAUGUACAGGAGAGGAAAUUGCUUUGGGACAGUCUUGGAAGGUUUUGUUCAUAUGAACUUCCCUUUGUGAUAGGAGGGGAUUUCAACUGUGUUGUUUCUCAGGAAGAGAAAAGAGGGGGGAAGAAGUUCAGACUAUCUCAAGGUUCCAAGGAUUUUCAAAGUUUCUUGAUCAACAACGAUCUACAUGAGGUAAAAUCUAUGGGACCAAGAAGGAUCAGUUCUUUCUAUGGAUGUCCGAGGUGUUAUGAACUUGUAGAAGAUAAUAACCAUAUUGGAGGACAAUGCGUUAAAAUCAGGAAGGUAGUUGCUCUGUUAAAUGAAUGGGGAUUGUAUAUCUCGGUUUAUCAAUGCUUUAAGGAUUACUUAGAAGGACUUCAGAAGCUGAUUGGGAGGGAAGAUCUCGCUGCAAACUUUUACUGUACAGUGGUUUGGAUGGUAUGGAAGAGUAGGUGCAAACUAAUACAUACAGGAAAGGAGGAUUCAGAUAACUCAAUAUCAGCCAAUGUUAUUUCUUACGCGGUUCAGAGUAAUUUUUUGAACUUCCAACUGGAAAAUUGGGAUACCAACCAGCUGCGGCUGUCUUCUCAUUGGCAUCCCCCACCUCCCAGAUGGAUUAAAAUCAAUGUAGAUGGUGCUCUAAAGAAGAACUACAGGGCUGGAGUCGGAGGAGUUGCUAGAGAUGAUAAAGGUCGGUUCCUGAUUGCUUUCGGGAAUACACUUCAACAAUGGGAUGCAGCUCAAACAGAACUCUGUGCUGUGUUGUUUUUGAAGAACGUGGUGAAGGACUGGAUGUUUGAAGCUCAAGGACUCAUCAUUGAGGGGGAUAACAGGAACAUUAUCAAAUUCCUGCAAAAGUCAAUAAAAAAUUGGAAGGUUAGCAGAGCUAUUGAAGAUAGUUUGGCGUUUUUACUAGAUUUUAAGCAAGUGAUUUUCUCUUAUUCUAGUAGACUUGGUAACAAUUUAGCGGACAUGUGUGCUAAUUUGUCUUUAGAAGGAUCUUUUUUAUGGGAAGAUCUUCUAGACAAGUCCAUUCCUCCUUCAUUUUUACAUUGUCUAAAGGAGGAGUGUGAUGCUUUAGGGAGAUCUUGA